AUGACCGAUCGACUCACACAGCUGCAGGACGCUGUCGACCAGCUGGCCCAGCAAUUCGUCGCCUGCUUCCACUACGUCAACCGCCACCAUGACCUCGAGGUCCUAGGGCCGAAGGACAAGGUGCGCGAUGUCACUAAGGGUGCCAGCCAGCUCGAAGUGGAACCAGCCGAUGCCGAAGAAUUCCGCGCCGGCCUGCUCGAGCUGUCGCGCGACCUCAUCGUCAAGGAGCAGCAGAUCGAAGUCCUCAUCUCGACCCUGCCCGGUCUCGACACCAGCGAAGCCGACCAGGAGAAGAAUGUGCGCGAGCUGGAGGAGGAGCUCAAGAUUGCGGAAGUGCAGAGGCAGGAGGCCAUCAAGGAGAAGGACCAGAUCCUCGUCAAGCUGGCCGAGGUGAUACGGAACGUGCGCAGGCCGUGA